AUGGGUGCUGGCCACAGGACGCUGGCCGUGCUCUGGGCCCUGGCACUGGCCUGUGCCCAACACUCAGGCUGGGCCCAGGACUCCUCGAAAUCCAGCCAUGAGAUCUCCCCCGACCUCUCUUCCCACGGAGGACAUAGCGCCCAGCCCCUGGCGGGCGCCUGGCAGUCGCCCACUUUCCGGCUCCCCACAGCCCUAAACCCGGCGCACACCGGGCGUGUCUGCAGCACCUGGGGCGACUUCCACUAUAAGACCUUCGACGGUGCCAUCUUCCGCUUCCCUGGCCUCUGCAACUACGUGUUCUCUGCACACUGUGGUGCUGCCUACGAGGACUUCAACGUGCAGCUGCGCCGCGGCCCCAUGCCCAACGCCACAGCUCCCAGCAGGGUCAUCAUGAAGCUCAAUGGCCUGGUUGUUGAGCUGACCAGGGACUCCGUCUUGGUUGGUGGCCACCGGGUUCAGCUGCCCUUCAGCCAGGCUGGGGUCCUCAUAGAGCGCAGCAGUGGCUAUGUGAAGGUGGUGGCCAAGCUGGGCCUGGUGUUCACGUGGAACCAGGAUGACAGCCUCACGCUGGAGCUGGACUCCAAAUAUGCCAACAAGACCUGCGGGCUCUGCGGAGACUUCAACGGAGUCACAGAGGUUGGCGAGUUCCUGUCCCACAUUGCCAGGUUGACUCCUCUGGAGUUUGGAAACCUGCAGAAGAUGGAUGGCCCCACAGAGCAGUGCCAAGACCCCAACCCCACACCCCAGAACUGCUCCGCCAAUCUCACCAUCUGCGAGGAGCUGCUAAACAGCCGGCCAUUUGUGGGCUGCACCGACCUGGUGGAGGUCAGCGGCUUCAUUGAAGCCUGCCAGCAGGACCUCUGUCACUGCGAGAGCACUCACCUUCCUGACUGCCUCUGCCACACCCUCGCCGAGUUCUCCCGGCAAUGCGCCCAUGCUGGCGGGCAGCCCCUGGACUGGCGGAGUGCAGACCUCUGCCCCCAGAUGUGCUCAUCCGGCAUGCGGCACCAGGAAUGUGGCUCGCCCUGCACCGACACCUGCUCCAACCCCCAGCGCUCCCAGCUGUGCGAGGACCACUGUGUGGCCGGCUGCUUCUGCCCCGAGGGGAUGGUGCUGGACGACAUCCACCACGCUGGGUGCAUUCCUGUGUCCCAGUGCGCCUGUGUGUACAAUGGGGCCCGCUAUGCACCGGGCGCCAACUACUCCACAGACUGCACCGACACCUGCACUGGAGGUCACUGGCACUGCCAGGAGCUGCCAUGCCCUGGGACCUGCUCGGUGCUGGGCGGCGCCCACUUCUCCACCUUUGAUGAGAAGCAGUACACAGUACACGGAGACUGCAGCUACGUGUUGACCAAGCCCUGUCAGGGCAAUGCCUUCGCCGUGCUGGCCGAGCUGCGCCGGUGUGGGCUGACGGACAGUGAGACCUGCCUGAAGAGCGUGACGCUGAGCCUGGGCGGGGGGCAGAUGGUGGUGGUAGUGAAGGCCAGCGGGGAAGUGUUCAUGAACCAGAUCUACAUCCAGCUGCCAGUCUCUGCAGCCAAUGUCACCAUCCUGAAACCCUCAACUUUCUUCAUCAUCGUGGAGACCAACCUGGGGCUGCAGCUGCAUGUCCAGCUGGUGCCCACCAUGCAGCUGUUUGUGCAGCUGGCAUCUGAGCUCCAGGGACAGACCUGUGGUCUCUGCGGGAACUUCAACAAGAACCAGGCUGAUGACUUCCGGACCAUCAGCGGGGUGGUGGAGGGCACAGGCGCUGCUUUCGCCAACACCUGGAAGACCCAGGCCUCCUGCCCCAAUGCCAAGAGCAGCUUUGAGGACCCCUGCUCGCUCAGCGUGGAGAAUGAGAAGUACGCCCAGCACUGGUGCACACUGCUGACAGACGCCAAGGGCCCCUUUGCCCAGUGCCAUGCCACUGUGAGCCCUGACUCCUACUACUCGAACUGCAUGUUCGACACCUGCAACUGCGAGAGGAGCGAGGACUGCCUGUGUGCUGCGCUGUCCUCCUACGUGCAUGUCUGCGCCACCAAGGGCGUGCUGCUCCAUGGCUGGCGAGAUGGUGUCUGCACGAAGCCCACCACCACCUGCCCCAAGUCGAUGGUCUACCAGGAACACCUCAGCACCUGCCAGCCCACCUGCCGUGGCCUGAGUGAGACGGAUGUCACCUGCAGUGUGUCCUUUGUGCCUGUGGACGGCUGCGCCUGCCCCACAGACACCUUGCUGGACAAGGCAGGCAUGUGUGUGCCAGCUCACGAGUGUCCCUGUUACCACAGGGGCUCUGUGGUUCCCAAUGGAGAGUCUGUGCAUGACAGUGGGACCGUUUGCACCUGCACACAGGGUGUGCUGACCUGCAUUGGGGAGCUCACGCCCAGUCCAGUGUGUGAUGCGCCUAUGGUGUACUUCGACUGCCACAAUGCCACGCUAGGGGCUGCUGGGGCUGGCUGCCAGAAGAGCUGUCACACGCUGGACAUGGCCUGCUACAGCACCCAGUGCAUCUCUGGCUGCGUGUGUCCUGAUGGGCUGGUGGUAGAUGGUGAUGGAGGCUGUAUCACUGAGGAGCACUGUCCCUGUCUACACAAUGAGGCCAGCUACCAGUCCGGGGAGACCAUCCUUGAUGGUUGCAAUACCUGCACCUGUGAGAACCGGACAUGGCACUGCACGGACGAGCCCUGUCUGGCCACCUGUGCCGUCUAUGGAGAUGGCCAUUUUCUUACCUUUGAUGGGCAGCGUUACACCUUCAACGGGGCCUGCGAGUACACACUGGUGCAGGACCAGUGUGGCAGGAAUGUCAGUGCCUGGGACGCCUUCCGUGUGGUCACAGAGAACAUCCCCUGUGGCACCACGGGGACCACUUGCUCCAAGGAUAUCAAGAUCUUCUUGGGGAGCUAUGAGCUGAAGCUGAAUAGUGGGAAGGUGGAGGUGGUCCAGAUGGGCACCGGGCAGGAGCCACCCUAUACCGUAUACCAGAUGGGCAUCUACCUGGUGGUGGACACUCACAUUGGCCUCGUGCUGCUCUGGGACCGGAAAACCAGUCUCUUCCUCAGGCUCAGCCCCGAGUUCAAGGGAAGGGUCUGUGGCCUGUGUGGGAACUUUGACAACAAUGCCGUCAAUGACCUGACUACACGCAGCCAGGCUGUGGUGAGCGACACGCUGGAGUUCGGGAACAGCUGGAAGCUGUCACCCUCCUGCCCGGACGCCCUGGCACCCAAGGACCCCUGCACGGCCAAUCCAUACCGCAGGUCCUGGGCCCAGAAGCAGUGCAGCAUCAUCAACAGCGCCACUUUCGCCGCCUGCCAUGCCCAUGUGGAGCCAGCCAAAUACUAUGAGGCCUGCGUGAGUGAUGCAUGCGCCUGUGACUCAGGGGGUGACUGCGAGUGCUUCUGCACUGCCGUGGCCGCCUAUGCCCAGGCCUGCCACACAGUGGGGGUGUGUGUGUCCUGGAGGACGCCCGAAGUCUGCCCUCUCUUCUGUGACUUCUACAACCCUGAAGGCGAGUGUGAGUGGCACUACGAGCCCUGUGGGGUGCCCUGCCUGCGUACCUGCCGGAACCCCAGCGGCCGCUGCCUGCAUGACCUUCGCGGCCUGGAAGGUUGUUACCCUACAUGCCCCUCGGAGGCCCCCAUCUUCGACGAGGACAAGAGGCAGUGCGUGGCCAAGUGCUCCUUCCACCACUUCUGCACCGUCAAUGGGAAGUCAUACCAGCCAGGCGAGACAGUGCCCUCUGGAGAGAACUGUUACUCCUGUGUCUGCACUGAGAGUGGUGUGAACUGCACCUAUGAUACCAAGGCCUGCUUCUGCACCUAUGAUGGGCAGCGCUUCCAGCCAGGGGCCGAGAUCUACCACACGUCAGAUGGCAUAGGUGGCUGCCUCUUCGCAAGCUGUGGAGUCAAUGGCACCGUGGACAGGAAGGUCUACGCCUGCGGCUUUGGCAGCACCAUGCCGCCCACCACCUUCACCUUCUCCACGCCUCCCUCCAAGAGCUCAAAGCACCCCCCGGACACACAUUCCCCUCGCACCCGGAGCACAGGACACUCAAGCCCUCAGAGCAGCACUCCGUCCCCUGCCACCCACAUGACCCACAAGGAGACACCAGCCAAGGCCUCCACAACCACCUGGCCUUGUGGGGAGUGUGUGUGGUCUGCAUGGCUGGACAUCAGUCACCCUGGACGUGGCAUCAACAGUGGGGACUUUGACACGCUGGAGAACCUCCGUGCCCACGGGCACCAGCUGUGCCAAGCACCCAAGGAGGUGCAGUGCCGGGCAGAGGAUGCCCCUGAGGUGCCCCUCAGUGUCCUAGGGCAACGUGUGGAGUGCAGCCCCACCGUGGGGCUGAUCUGCCACAACCAGGACCAGGUAUCGGGCCUCUGUGACAACUACCAGAUCCGGGUCCUGUGCUGCCAUGAGGUGCCCUGUUCCACAGCCUCCUCCUCCACCCCUGCCAUACCCACGGACCAAGCCACGAUCCCCACUGCCUUGGGGAGCACUUUGUCAGAUAGAACCAGGACCUGGACCUCUAGCCUGCAGCUGUCGCCAAGUACCUCGUCCUGUCGACAGGAGCACUGCACUUGGACUUCGUGGAUUGACAGCAGCUACCCCGGGCCCAGCAGAGACAGCGGAGACUUUGACACCUUAGCUGAUCUGCGGGCCCGAGGAUACAAGUUCUGUGCCAAGCCCCGGAAAGUGGAGUGCCGAGCACAGUUUUUCCCCAACACGCCCCUGGCUGAGCUAGGACAGCAGGUGACCUGCGACACAGAGGUGGGGCUUCUCUGCUUGAACCGAGAGCAACUACCACCGAUCUGCUACAACUACGAGAUCCGAAUACAGUGCUGUGAGUGGGUAGACAGGUGCACGGAGACCCCAGGGAACUCUGCAACUUCGACCACCACUCAGCCCACGGUGUAUUCGGCCAGCACCCCCACACAGGGAGUGCAAACGAAUGAGGCGUUCACCAGCAGGACCACCACCUUCACACCGCCGGGCAAUACACAUUGCCAGCCCCAGUGCUCCUGGAGCCCCUGGUUUGACGUGGACUCGCCCAAGCCAGGGCCGCAAGGUGGGGAUGUGGAGACCUACCAGCACAUCCUCCAGAGGGGACGCAGCAUCUGCCACCGGCCCGAGGAGGUGACCAGGCUGCAGUGCCGUGCCCGGCUCUACCCCGAGGUCCCCAUCGCCACCCUGGGCCAGGUGGUGCAGUGUGACCGGGACGUGGGCCUGGUGUGCCACAACCGUGACCAGCAGGGACCCGAGGGGCAGUGCCUGGACUACGAGGUGCGCGUGCUUUGCUGCCGAGUGCCCGAUGGCUGCCCCACCUUGCCACCUGUGACCACGGCCACACAGGAGGGCACCACCAGCCACAGCCCAUCACCUGAGGCCUCCACCAGAGGAACCAGCGAAACCUCCACAAGCAUAGCAGCCUCCAGGAGGGCAGUCAGCUCACACUCUGUGCACACAGCCCGCUCCUCCACCACUGAGACACCCAGCACCUCCUCCAUCAGCACAACCACGUCCACUUCUGCUUCCAUCUCCACGGCCACCUCCACGGCCACCUCCAGAGCUCAGCCCAGCACCUCCUCCACCUCCAAGACCACCUCCACCUCUAGCAUCACUUCCACCUCCACCCCUAGCUCUACCUACAUUGGUGCCUCCUCCUCCCCAUCCACCACCACCUCCACCCCUAACACCACCCCCACCUCCACACCUAGUCCCACAGCACACCACAGCACCACCACCAUCCCCACCACCACUACCCGCUUUGCUUCUACCUCCACCAUAAGAUCCAGGUCCCACACCCUCACCACUCCUGUCUCUGGGCCCACCGUGAGUCAUACAUCCUCAGUCACCAUCUCAGGCCCUGGCACCUCAGACUGCAGGCCACAAUGCUCCUGGAGCCCCUGGUUUGAUGUGGACUCGCCCAAGCCAGGGCCUCAAGGUGGGGAUGUGGAGACCUACCAGCACAUCCUCCAGAGGGGACACAGCAUCUGCCACCGGCCCGAGGAGGUGACCAGGCUGCAGUGCCGUGCCCGGCUCUACCCCGAGGUCCCCAUCGCCACCCUGGGCCAGGUGGUGCAGUGUGACCGGGACGUGGGCCUGGUGUGCCACAACCGUGACCAGCAGGGACCCGAGGGGCAGUGCCUGGACUACGAGGUGCGCGUGCUUUGCUGCCGAGUGCCCGAUGGCUGUCCCACCUUGCCACCUGUGACCACGGCCACACAGGAGGGCACCACCAGCCACAGCCCAUCACCUGAGGCCUCCACCAGAGGAACCAGCGAAACCUCCACAAGCAUAGCAGCCUCCAGGAGGGCAGUCAGCUCACACUCUGUGCACACAGCCCGCUCCUCCACCACUGAGACACCCAGCACCUCCUCCAUCAGCACAACCACGUCCACUUCUGCCUCCAUCUCCACGGCCACAUCCAGAGCUCAGCCCAGCACCUCCUCCACCUCCAAGACCACCUCCACCUCUAGCAUCACUUCCACCUCCACCCCUAGCUCUACCUACAUUGGUGCCUCCUCCUCCCCAUCCACCACCACCUCCACCCCUAACACCACCCCCACCUCCACACCUAGUCCCACAGCACACCACAGCACCACCACCAUCCCCACCACCACUACCCCCUCUGCUUCUACCUCCACCAUAAGAUCCAGGUCCCACACCCUCACCACCCCUGUCUCUGGGCCCACCGUGAGUCAUACAUCCUCAGUCACCAUCUCAGGCCCUGGCACCUCAGACUGCAGGCCACAAUGCUCCUGGAGCCCCUGGUUUGAUGUGGACUCGCCCAAGCCAGGGCCUCAAGGUGGGGAUGUGGAGACCUACCAGCACAUCCUCCAGAGGGGACACAGCAUCUGCCACCGGCCCGAGGAGGUGACCAGGCUGCAGUGCCGUGCCCGGCUCUACCCCGAGGUCCCCAUCGCCACCCUGGGCCAGGUGGUGCAGUGUGACCGGGACGUGGGCCUGGUGUGCCACAACCGUGACCAGCAGGGACCCGAGGGGCAGUGCCUGGACUACGAGGUGCGCGUGCUUUGCUGCCGAGUGCCCGAUGGCUGCCCCACCUUGCCACCUGUGACUACGACCACACAGGAGGGCACCACCAGCCACAGCCCAUCACCUGAGGCCUCCACCAGAGGAACCAGCGAAACCUCCACAAGCAUAGCAGCCUCCAGGAGGGCAGUCAGCUCACACUCUGUGCACACAGCCCGCUCCUCCACCACUGAGACACCCAGCACCUCCUCCAUCAGCACAACCACGUCCACUUCUGCCUCCAUCUCCACGGCCACCUCCACGGCCACCUCCAGAGCUCAGCCCAGCACCUCCUCCACCUCCAAAACCACCUCCACCUCUAGCAUCACUUCCACCUCCACCCCUAGCCCUACCUACAUUGGUGCCUCCUCUUCCCCAUCCACCACCACCUCCACCCCUAACACCACCCCCACCUCCACACCUAGUCCCACAGCACACCACAGCACCACCACCAUCCCCACCACCACUACCCGCUCUGCUUCUACCUCCACCAUAAGAUCCAGGUCCCACACCCUCACCACCCCCGUCUCUGGGCCCACCAUGAGUCACACAUCCUCAGUCACCAUCUCAGGCCCUGGCACCUCAGACUGCAGGCCACAGUGCUCCUGGAGCCCCUGGUUUGACGUGGACUCGCCCAAGCCAGGGCCUCAAGGUGGGGAUGUGGAGACCUACCAGCACAUCCUCCAGAUGGGACACAGCAUCUGCCACCGGCCCGAGGAGGUGACCAGGCUGCAGUGCCGUGCCCAGCUCUACCCUGAAGUCCCCAUCGCCACCCUGGGCCAGGUGGUGCAGUGUGACCGGGACGUGGGCCUGGUGUGCCACAACCGUGACCAGCAGGGACCCGAGGGGCAGUGCCUGGACUACGAGGUGCGUGUGCUUUGCUGCCGAGUGCCCGAUGGCUGCCCCACCUUGCCACCUGUGACCACGGCCACACAGGAGGGCACCACCAGCCACAGCCCAUCACCUGAGGCCUCCACCAGAGGAACCAGCGAAACCUCCACAAGCAUAGCAGCCUCCAGGAGGGCAGUCAGCUCACACUCUGUGCACACAGCCCGCUCCUCCACCACUGAGACACCCAGCACCUCCUCCAUCAGCACAACCACGUCCACUUCUGCCUCCAUCUCCACGGCCACCUCCACGGCCACCUCCAGAGCUCAGCCCAGCACCUCCUCCACCUCCAAGACCACCUCCACCUCUAGCAUCACUUCCACCUCCACCCCUAGCCCUACCUACAUUGGUGCCUCCUCCUCCCCAUCCACCACCACCUCCACCCCUAACACCACCCCCACCUCCACACCUAGUCCCACAGCACACCACAGCACCACCACCAUCCCAACCACCACUACCCCCUCUGCUUCUACCUCCACCAUAAGAUCCAGGUCCCACACCCUCACCACCCCUGUCUCUGGGCCCACCGUGAGUCACACAUCCUCAGUCACCAUCUCAGGCCCUGGCACCUCAGACUGCAGGCCACAGUGCUCCUGGAGCCCCUGGUUUGACGUGGACUCGCCCAAGCCAGGGCCUCAAGGUGGGGAUGUGGAGACCUACCAGCACAUCCUCCAGAGGGGACACAGCAUCUGCCACCAGCCCGAGGAGGUGACCAGGCUGCAGUGCCGUGCCCGGCUCUACCCCGAGGUCCCCAUCGCCACCCUGGGCCAGGUGGUGCAGUGUGACCGGGACGUGGGCCUGGUGUGCCACAACCGUGACCAGCAGGGACCCGAGGGGCAGUGCCUGGACUACGAGGUGCGCGUGCUUUGCUGCCGAGUGCCCGAUGGCUGCCCCACCUUGCCACCUGUGACCACGACCACACAGGAGGGCACCACCAGCCACAGCCCAUCACCUGAGGCCUCCACCAGAGGAACCAGCGAAACCUCCACAAGCAUAGCAGCCUCCAGGAGGGCAGUCAGCUCACACUCUGUGCACACAGCCCGCUCCUCCACCACUGAGACACCCAGCACCUCCUCCAUCAGCACAACCACGUCCACUUCUGCUUCCAUCUCCACGGCCACCUCCACGGCCACCUCCAGAGCUCAGCCCAGCACCUCCUCCACCUCCAAGACCACCUCCACCUCUAGCAUCACUUCCACCUCCACCCCUAGCUCUACCUACAUUGGUGCCUCCUCCUCCCCAUCCACCACCACCUCCACCCCUAACACCACCCCCACCUCCACACCUAGUCCCACAGCACACCACAGCACCACCACCAUCCCCACCACCACUACCCGCUCUGCUUCUACCUCCACCAUAAGAUCCAGGUCCCACACCCUCACCACUCCUGUCUCUGGGCCCACCAUGAGUCACACAUCCUCAGUCACCAUCUCAGGCCCUGGCACCUCAGACUGCAGGCCACAGUGCUCCUGGAGUCCCUGGUUUGACGUGGACUCGCCCAAGCCAGGGCCUCAAGGUGGGGAUGUGGAGACCUACCAGCACAUCCUCCAGAGGGGACACAGCAUCUGCCACCAGCCCGAGGAGGUGACCAGGCUGCAGUGCCGUGCCCAGCUCUACCCCGAGGUCCCCAUCGCCACCCUGGGCCAGGUGGUGCAGUGUGACCGGGACGUGGGCCUGGUGUGCCACAACCGUGACCAGCAGGGACCCGAGGGGCAGUGCCUGGACUACGAGGUGCGCGUGCUUUGCUGCCGAGUGCCCGAUGGCUGCCCCACCUUGCCACCUGUGACCACGGCCACACAGGAGGGCACCACCAGCCACAGCCCAUCACCUGAGGCCUCCACCAGAGGAACCAGCGAAACCUCCACAAGCAUAGCAGCCUCCAGGAGGGCAGUCAGCUCACACUCUGUGCACACAGCCCGCUCCUCCACCACUGAGACACCCAGCACCUCCUCCAUCAGCACAACCACGUCCACUUCUGCCUCCAUCUCCACGGCCACCUCCACGGCCACCUCCAGAGCUCAGCCCAGCACCUCCUCCACCUCCAAGACCACCUCCACCUCUAGCAUCACUUCCACCUCCACCCCUAGCCCUACCUACAUUGGUGCCUCCUCCUCCCCAUCCACCACCACCUCCACCCCUAACACCACCCCCACCUCCACACCUAGUCCCACAGCACACCACAGCACCACCACCAUCCCCACCACCACUACCCACUCUGCUUCUACCUCCACCAUAAGAUCCAGGUCCCACACCCUCACCACUCCUGUCUCUGGGCCCACCGUGAGUCACACAUCCUCAGUCACCACCUCACACCUUGGCACCUCAGACUGCAGGCCACAGUGCUCCUGGAGCCCCUGGUUUGACGUGGACUCGCCCAAGCCAGGGCCUCAAGGUGGGGAUGUGGAGACCUACCAGCACAUCCUCCAGAGGGGACACAGCAUCUGCCACCGGCCCGAGGAGGUGACCAGGCUGCAGUGCCGUGCCCGGCUCUACCCCGAGGUCCCCAUCGCCACCCUGGGCCAGGUGGUGCAGUGUGACCGGGACGUGGGCCUGGUGUGCCACAACCGUGACCAGCAGGGACCCGAGGGGCAGUGCCUGGACUACGAGGUGCGCGUGCUUUGCUGCCUAGUGCCUGAUGGCUGCCCCUUCAGUGAGACCUCUGCCAUUGAAACCACUUCUCCAAGGCCUUCCUCCACAAUAUCCUCUAGUUCUGUGGUCAACUCAUCCACAUCCUGUUUCUGUCACGUGUCUGGCCAGCUCUAUCCUGCUGGGUCAGUCAUAUACCAUCAGAGAGAUUUUGAUGGGCACUGCUACCAUGCCUGGUGCAACUGGGACUGCCACGUGGACAGAGGUGUGGACUCCACCUGCCCAUCCCCCACACCAAUUCUGCCCACUCACAGCUCUACACCAUCGUGCCUAAAUGUGCUCCCACCAAGGAAGAAAGGUGAGACAUGGGCAGUGCCCAAUUGCCAGCAAGCCACCUGCAAGGGUGAUGACAUCAUCUCCCUGGACUCACGCCAGUGCCCAGAGCUGAAGCCACUGACAUGCGCCAAUGGCUACCCGGCCCUGAAGGUGGCUGAUGCGGACGGCUGCUGCCAGCACUACGAGUGCCAGUGUGUGUGCAGUGGCUGGGGCGACCCGCACUACAUCACGUUUGACGGCACUUACUAUACCUUCCUGGACGACUGCACCUACGUGCUGGUGCAGCAGAUUGUGCCGGUGUUUGGCCACUUCCGUGUGCUGGUGGAUAACGUCUUUUGUGACACAGAGGACGGGGUGUCCUGUCCACAGUCCAUCAUUGUCGAGUACCAUGAGGACCGGGUGGUGCUGAUCCGAAGGCUGUUUGGGGGGGCCAUGACCAACCAGAUCCUCUUCAAUGGUGAGGUGGUCGCCCCUGGCUUCCAGAAGAAUGGCAUCGCCGUGUCCCGCGUGGGCAUCAAGAUGUAUGUGACCAUCCAGGAGUUGGGCGUGCAGGUCAUGUUCUCAGGCCUGAUCUUCUCGGUGGAGGUGCCCUUCAGCACAUUUGCCAACAACACUGAGGGCCAGUGUGGAACUUGCACCAACAACAAGAAGGACGAGUGCCGGAUGCCUGGGGGAGCAGUGGCCACCUCCUGCUCAGAUAUGUCCCUACACUGGAGAGUGGACAACCCUGACGAGCUCUUCUGCCGUGGGCCACUCCCAACACCCACCUCUUUGGUGCCAACCCCCCCACCUACCGAAUGCCCAGCAUCGCCCAUCUGCGAAUUGAUCCUGACUGAUGUCUUCAAACCCUGCCACGCUGUGAUCCCACCACUACCGUUCCAUGAAGGCUGUGUCUUUGACCACUGCCACAAUAUGGAGUUGGAGGUGGUGUGCUCUGGCCUGGAGCUCUAUGCCUUGCUGUGUGCGGCCCAGGGCGUGUGCGUGGACUGGAGGAGCUGGACCAACAACUCAUGCUCCUUCCCCUGCCCUGAGGACAAAGUGUACCAGCCCUGCGGCCCGUCAGACCCAUCCUACUGCUACCAGAGUGACAACGCCAGCUCCCUAGUCCUCCCCAAGGCCUACCGCAUCACAGAAGGCUGCUUUUGCCCUGGAAGCCUGAAGCUGUUCAGCGAUAGCAACCUCGUCUGUGUGCCUGAAGAUUGUCCUAGCUGCCUUGGGCCCCACGGGGAGCCAAUUCAGCCGGGCCAGUACAUCAGUGUGGACUGCCAGGAAUGUGUCUGUGACCCAGUCACAAAGUCUAUGAACUGCCACCAGAAGAUCUGCCCACUGCCACCCGCCUGCCACACGCCUGGCUUCGUGCCAGUGUCCAUGAUCACCAAGGUGGGCCAGUGCUGCCCCCAGUACAGCUGUGUCUGCAACUCCAGCUACUGCCCCAAGCCCCAAGACUGCCCCAAAGGCUCCAUCCCGGUCCUGACCCACAAGGAGAGGGACUGUUGCCCAAGCCAGUACUGCAACUGGACAGCAUGCAACAUCAAUGGGACCCUCUACCAGCCCGGCACCGUGGUCUCCUCAAACCCGUGUGAGACCUGCCGCUGUGAAGUGCCCAGUGGCCCUGACAUGGACAGCUUCAUAGUCAGCUGUGAGACCCAGCUCUGCAACACACACUGCCCCAUGGGCUUUGAGUACCAGCCCCAGGACGGGCAGUGCUGUGGCAAGUGUGUACAGAAGACCUGUGUCAUCGCCGGAAAUAGCACCGGACACCCAGCCCGCCUACUCUCUCCUGGUGAGUCCUGGACCGACCCAGGGGACCCCUGUGUGACCCACACGUGUGAGCGCUACCAAGACGGGCUGGAGGUGGUGACAGUGAAGAGGGAGUGCCCCCCUCUCAGCUGUACGCGGGCCCAGGCCCACCUGAGCCAGGAUGGCUGCUGCCUCUUCUGUCCACCGACGCCACCAGCGCAGCCUCAAAAGUGGCCCUGUACCCUGCGCCACCGCGAGCAGGUGAUCCAGCACCAGAACUGCAGCUCCACCACCCCCGUGCGCCUCACCUACUGUGAGGGCGUCUGUGGGGACAGCACUGCCAAGUACUCCCUGGAAGCCAGCGCCAUGGAGCACAGAUGCCACUGCUGCCAGGAGCGCCGGACCUCGAGCAGGACGGUGAUGCUGCGCUGCAUGGAUGGAUCUGCCCGGGCCUUCAAUUACACCCAGGUGGAGGAGUGUGGCUGCCGGGGUCUGCAGUGCCAGGCGCCCACGUCCUGGGAAGCAGAGUCCAGGGAGAGCCAGGAGCAGGGACCCAGGCCUUCACAGUGACCCUGCAGCACCUGGAGACACCCCCAAGUCCUCAGACCCCUGCUCCUGAGACCUGGCCCCACCACCUGCCCAAUCCACUUGGCCAUGGCCUCUUUGUUAGUGAAUGGACUGCACUGGCUCUGGGGCUAUGGAGAAUGGGCGCUCGGUGCAGGCCUUCGGCCAUGCAGGCCCCAGUACCACGCUGGGCUCCUGGGUGACAGGCUCAGCCCUGCUAAACCCCUCCUCGGGACACAUACGAUCUUUGCAUAAACGUGUUUGCAGUACUG